AUACGGCCGUUUUUUUUUCCCCCUUGGAACUUGGCGGCUGGAGGCAGAGCAGUGCCAAGCCCGAGCCGCACCAACCUGGGCUCCCCACGGCCCUCCGCCUAAUGGCUGGAGCACGCACCAUUCUCCGCCCUGCGCCAAAAGGGGCGGAUCUGCGAAGAAUUCCGGAGGUGCCCAGGCCAGUGCGCCUCUGCUCCGAAAUAUGGCUCGGCUCCUCCUCCGAGGACUGUCCAGGCUAGGCUGGAAAGAUCUGCCCUCUAGGACAGUGCACAGAGGCCCCUGUGUCUGCGUCGGCGGGGGGAGGGCCAGCCACCCGGACGUAGGGCUUCUCAACAAGCAUGAUGAGCCAGCCACUGACUGGAAAAAGAAACUGACUCCAGAGCAGUACUAUGUCACUAGAGAAAAAGGAACAGAACUGCCCUUCAGUGGAGUCCUUUUGAAUAACACAGAGCCAGGAAUGUAUCACUGUGUGUGCUGUGACAGCCCACUGUUCAGUUCUGAAAAAAAAUUCUGCUCAGGCACCGGAUGGCCUUCAUUCACAGAAGCUCACGGAACAUCUGGUUCUGAUGAAAGUAAGACCAGUAUCCUGAGGCGUCCGGACAACUCCCUGGGAUCAACUCGGGUGGAGGUUGUUUGCAAACAGUGUGAAGCUCACUUGGGCCAUGUUUUUCCAGAUGGACCUGAACCAACUGGACAGAGAUUUUGCAUCAACAGCGUGGCACUGACAUUUAAACCAAGUUCAAACUGAUCAACCCAAAAUCUGAAGAGACAAAACAUGGCUUAGGGGAAUUGAUGCUGUGUUUAGAGUCAGGGGAGGGGCAGGUUUGAAUCUAACCCCUGACACCAGCAGUGUGAUCAGGGGCAAAUAAAUCUCUCAACUUUCCUGAGCUACAGUCAGUUUCUUCAUCUGUAGAAUGGCUGUACUACCUACUUUAACAAUUGGUGGGAAAUUAAAUGACAUCUUUUUAUGUAUUUUGUGAACUUUAAAGGACUCUCUAAGUGUUAGCUAUUAUUACACAUUUUCUUAAUAGUGAAUAAAUGAAAAGGCAUGUAUUAAGCA